GCCCUUACCAUAUCUGCAUUAAGCAACUUUUCGUUUUUUACUGCAUAUUCCUCAAACUUCAUUGAAGAGCUUAUAUGAGCUAAAAUUGUGUUUGUCCACUCUAAAAAUUGAUUUAGGUCUACAAUUCCCAUAUCCAUUUCCCAUUCCACUAUUGCGGUGGUACACCAAAACAAGCUCUCCAUUAUGUUGAGUCAAUCAUGUUGCUACAAACUUCAACAAACCCUUGAACCCUCUUGUUCUCGCCUUGUUCCUUCCUUUCCUCUUCAUCCCAAGAUUUCAUACUUAUUUGGGUCCCACCAUAGAUGCGUUAAUCUUGUGCGUUGCAGUUUUGUGGGUGGCAUCCGAUCACGUUCUUUCCCUAGAAAUCGAGUGGUUAGAGCUGUUACCACUCCUAACUCAGCUCUGGAGCUGCCCCUAACUGAGGAAAAUGUUGAAACUGUACUAGAUGAAGUGCGGCCGUACUUAAUGGCUGAUGGGGGUAACGUUGCCAUACACGAAAUUGAUGGUAAUGUUGUUCGUUUGAAGUUACAAGGAGCAUGUGGAUCCUGUCCGAGUUCUGUAACGACCAUGAAAUUGGGUAUCGAGCGCCGGCUUAUGGAAAAGAUUCCUGAGAUAGUUGCAGUUGAAGCAGUUCCUGAUGAAGAAACUGGCCUUGAGCUAAACGAAGAAAACAUAGAAAAGUUAAUCAUCCAUAUUGACAUGGUGCUGCUGUACACUGGCAAACGAACUUGUUCUCAUUUUUCCGGUUUGAUAUGUAAAACUGACGUAGAAGAAUCUGUUGUUGAGGUUCUUGAAGAAAUAAGGCCUUACCUUGUAGGAGCUGCUGGUGGCUCUAUGGAGCUUGUUGCAAUCGAAGAACCAAUAGUGAAAGUGAGAAUUACUGGUCCAGCUGCUGGAGUGAUGACUGUUCGGGUGGCUGUUACGCAGAAAUUACGUGAAAAGAUCCCUACCAUUGCAGCUGUCCAACUUUUAUCCUGAUGUUUGUUUUGUUGAUUAUUACAGCUACAGCCAUAAUAGUUUUGUAUCUAAGUCUUGAUUCUUGAAGGAUGUAUGUGUAUAAUUGUACAGGUUUAUUCAAAUUAGUUUAUCUUGUUCAA